UAUAAAGAAGCCGAAAUAUUUCGUUAAAAAACGGAAAAUUAAUUGCCGAUGUACGAUAAAAAUUAAUUUUAUGCGCGAGCUUUUCCCUUUCUCGCAUUUCGGAGAGACGACCGCGCGCGCUCGUUAUUAAUUAAUAAUUGAGGCAUCGAAAAUUGCUAAUCGACGCAUUUAAAAACUUAAUCAAGCGAAGACCGUAUGACCCCCUUUAAUACGGACCAUUUUCAAAAGGCCACUUGGAUGACUUCUGUUACAUGGGUACGUUGUAAAAUAAUCUCUAUGUUAGAGCUCCCUAAGAAGGGGGCACCAGGUAGGUUGGACUUAGGAUUCACUAAGGGGAGCGAGGGGGGCCGUGGAAGCCAAGAGCAGGGCACUACUGCCGAGAUCCAUUGGGCUACCAUCACUAGUUUGGUACAGAAGCAAAACUUAAGUACUACUACAUCUCCUCGAGGUACGCACUUUUCCAAAGAAGUCUUUCGAUCGAUCACCACGAAGCUCUCUCGUCCCGGCGACGUCAUCUGUUCAGCUGCCGCACAAGGAAGUAAAGAGCGAGGAAAAUCCGCCGGUUAUCAUCAGCAGAUCAUAGACGCGCGCUCAUUUCAGAUUAAAAUCCGAUCGCGCCGCGUCAAAAUUCCAAUUUACCAAUAGUUCCACAAUUUACUCAUCGAGUCAGCUGAGUAAGAGCAGUGGCGG